GACAUUUCAUUUUAUUUUUUCUGAAAAGGAAGCUUCUCCAUUCUCAAUUCGCUGCCAAGUUUUUCAAUCACCAUAUUUAUUCUUCUAUCCAAUAAAAACCACCCCAUCCUCUUCUUCUUCUUCUUCUUCCUCUGUUUUGGGUUUUUCCUUUCCAGCAAAAUUCCGGAUUCUUCAGGGAUUUGGUUGUAAAGUGCUUCCAUUUAUUUGAAAUGGCUUCCUCCGCUCUCAUAUCUGACACCGAGGCCUGGAAGGAAUUGAAGGCUCAUGCUGAGGAGAUUAAGAAGACCCAUUUACGUGAUUUGAUGAAUGAUGCUCAGCGGUGCCAGUCAAUGAUGGUUGAGUUCGAUGGGUUGCUAUUGGAUUACUCACGGCAGAAUGCCACACUUUCAACGAUUGAAAAGCUCUUUAAAUUAGCAGAGACAGCAAAUAUCAAACAGAAGAUUAAUCAAAUGUUUAGUGGGGAACAUAUAAACAGCACAGAGAAUAGAUCGGUACUCCAUGUUGCUCUUCGUACUCCGAGAGACACUGUUAUUCAGAGUGAUGGGAAGAAUGUGGUCCCGGAUGUUUGGAAAGUUCUGGACAAAAUCCAGGAGUUCUCUGAGAGGGUCCGCAGUGGUUCUUGGGUUGGAGCUACAGGAUUACCACUUACAGAUGUCGUUGCUGUUGGUAUUGGUGGCAGCUUCUUAGGUCCUUUAUUUGUUCAUACUGCUCUUCAAACAGAUCCUGAGGCUAUCAACUUAGCAAGAGGUCGCCAACUGCGUUUUCUUGCAAAUGUUGAUCCAAUUGACGUUGCUAGAAAUAUCACAGGGUUAAACCCUGAAACUACUCUUGUUGUGGUAGUUUCAAAAACUUUUACUACAGCAGAAACCAUGCUGAAUGCUCGAACACUUAGGGAAUGGAUUUCAGCUGCUCUUGGGCCUUCUGCUGUUGCAAAGCAUAUGGUAGCAGUCAGCACAAAUCUUACGCUUGUGGAAAAAUUUGGUAUUGAUCCUAACAAUGCUUUCGCAUUCUGGGACUGGGUUGGUGGACGAUAUAGUGUUUGCAGUGCUGUUGGGGUGUUGCCUUUGUCUCUCCAGUAUGGUUUCCCAAUUGUUGAGAAGUUUUUAAAGGGGGCCUCAAGCAUUGACCAGCAUUUCUACUCGGCACCAUAUGAGAAAAAUAUUCCUUUGCUUUUAGGCUUGUUGAGCGUAUGGAACGUUUCAUUUCUUGGAUAUCCUGCAAGAGCCAUCUUACCUUACUCCCAAGCCCUGGAGAAGCUUGCCCCACACAUUCAACAGGUUAGCAUGGAAAGUAAUGGCAAGGGUGUAUCAAUUGAUGGAGUUCCACUUCCCUUUGAGGCUGGUGAAAUCGACUUUGGUGAACCUGGAACAAAUGGUCAGCACAGUUUUUACCAACUAAUUCACCAGGGUCGCAUUAUUCCUUGUGAUUUUAUUGGUGUUGUGAAGAGUCAGCAGCCUGUCUACCUGAAAGGUGAAGUGGUGAGUAACCAUGAUGAGCUCAUGUCCAACUUUUUUGCUCAGCCAGAUGCCCUUGCUUAUGGGAAGACCGUAGAGCAGUUGCAAAAGGAGAAUGUUGCGGAGCAUCUUGUUCCUCAUAAGACCUUCUCUGGAAAUAGGCCUUCUCUCAGCCUUCUUCUACCUUCCCUAACUGCGUACAAUGUUGGACAGUUGUUGGCAAUCUACGAACACAGAAUUGCUGUCCAAGGUUUCGUUUGGGGCAUCAAUUCUUUUGACCAAUGGGGAGUUGAAUUAGGGAAGUCCCUAGCUACUCAAGUUAGAAAACAACUCCAUACAUCUCGCACCAAGGGAGAACCUGUCCAGGGCUUCAACUUUAGUACCGCAACGUUACUAACAAGAUAUCUGAAGGCUUCAGAUGCUCCUUCAGAUUCUUCAACCCGUCUGCCCCGGAUAUAGCUGUAUAACUUCUGGGUGUCCCCUUAUAUUGCAUAUAUUUUAACAUUGCAACUGGUUUUAUAAUUUGUACUGUUUUGUUCAACUCAAAUUUUGGGGAAGAGGGCGCAAACUUACUCAACCAAUGUUGUAAAAUCCCCCAAGUAUUUUGCAUGCCCCAUUUUAUUGGAAACAUUCUGCAUUGCCCAUGAAGUGUAUGGCCAUUAUGCAAAAAAGAGAAAAUAUUUUGAAAUAAACUUUUUCUUUUAAUCUGA